AAUUUAUAGCCACGUUGUUGUCUGCUAGGGUUACAAUGUUCUGAAAUAAAAAAUUUAGGCAGCCGCAAAAGAAUUCUUGAGUGAACUGAGUGUGUGUCGUUAGCCAUGGCGAUGACUAAUGAGAAGCUUGACCAGGAGUUGAGAGUGGUCGGAGACAAGGUCUCUGAUCCCCCCUCUGAUGUCAACGAACUCAUCUCCCUCCUCAACGAGUUGAGGGUGGUCGGAGACAAGGUCUCUGAUCCCCCCUCUGAUGUCAACGAACUCAUCUCCCUCCUCAACCAAAUUGAGAAGUUACUGUCGCAAGUGGAACAAUCCCCGAAAGGUCCUUUAAAUGUCUCAACGUCGUUGGUGCUCAAGGCAUUAGCAGCUCACAAGAUCUUAAGGAACUCUGAUGAGGAUGUGAGAGUUUCAGUUGCGUCUUGCCUUAGUCAGAUAAUCAGAAUAACUGCACCUGAUGCUCCUUACAACGAUGAAGAGAUGAAGGAGAUCCUACAGUUGAUUGUAUCGACAUUCGAGAGGCUCGAUGAUAAGUCGAGUCUUUCUUACGAUAAGAGGAUCACAAUUCUUGAGAAUACAGCAAGAAUCCGAUUACCUGUUCUCAUACUGGAUCUCGAAUGUGAUUCACUUGUCAUUGAGAUGUUCAAUCAUUUCUUCUUGGCCUUGAGGGACUAUCACCCUGAAGUUGUCUCCUCCUCCAUGAACUCCAUCAUAACCCUUGUGUUGGAAGAAAGCGAGGAUAUAUCUCCACAGAUUCUUUCUCCUAUCUUGGCUCGUCUUCGACAAGAAAACAAGGGGGCCCUGCCAAUAGCUCAAAAGCUGGCAGAGGACGUGCUCAGUAAUUGCGCUAGCAAGGUGAAGCCUUGCCUCUUAAAAGCAAUCGAAACUCUGGGUGAUUCCCUGGAUGAUUACAAUGAUGUCGUUACGACCAUGUGCCGUGGUGAUGACUGUCCCACUGAGGAGAAAGUCAUAGAGAAAGUGAUUCCGACCGAAACAACUCAAGCAGACGCCGACAUGCUCAAUGACAAAUCUCCCAAGUCAGAAAUCAGCAACAAAAUCUUGGUUGAUUCAGGCUCAACAGAAAGUAAGGAACGCAAUGGCCAAACUGAUUUGCCUAAUGAUGCUGAUAGAUUCAGCAAUGCUGAGACCAAUAGCCUCGGAACUGAACAUGCAGAACUUUAUAAGACUUCUCUUCCUGCUGCUGAUCUGCCGAUUGAGGAAGAUCAUGGCAAUGAUUUGCUCGGCUCGACCAAUGAAAACCCAUCUGCCGAAUUAGCUGUGGCCUGGGACAAUGGGAACGAUAUGAAUAAUGAGGAGGAAAAGGCUGCGAGCCAAGUCAAGAAUGCCAAGCAGACUCCUGAGCCUGAGACUAAAUCUGAAACUUUAGGGGAUGUAGAUGAGAACGAGGAGGAUCUUCCUACUGACUCCGAGCCAUUGCCACAGAAGCGAUUUCGUAAAAGGGUGGUCAGAUACUCUGACUCAGGAUCUCUGAGGCGGAGGAAGAAAUCGAGCCGAAGAAGGGUUUCUCGUGGACAGGAUUCACCAAAAACGUCUGCCCAAAAUGACGAAACUGAAAUGGUGACAUCACCAAAGGCUACUGCUCAAGUAGGGGAUAUGCCAAAGUCAAAUUCUUCAAAGAGGAAGCGUACACCUGCUAAGGAAAAGGCUGCAGCAUCUUCGGGAAAAGAUAAGGAUGAUGAUCAGUACGGUGAAGACUUAGUUGGGGCGAGGAUUAGAGUCUGGUGGCCCGCGGACCGGAAAUUUUAUCAAGGAGUCGUUGAUUCAUAUAACUCUGCUCAAAGGAAACACCGGGUUGUGUAUGACGAUGGAGACAAAGAACAGUUGUAUAUGAGGAAGGAGAAAUGGGAGUUCAUUGAAGAUGAGGAUGCUGCUACAGCAGAUGAGAAGGAAGCUGGCAAAGACACUACCCCUGAACCGGCUGAGAAGAAGGCAAAGACGAGCCGAAAGGAGGAGAAAACUAGCAGGAAGUCAGUGAAGAAAGGAAUGGCCAAAUCAUCCGCAAAAAGAAAGUCUGCAACAAAAUCUGGUAAGAAAUCGAAGGAUGCUGAGAAGGAGGAGGAGGAGAAAGCCUGUAAAAAGGCUGUGGAAGGCAAAGAGGGGGAAGAAACCUCCUCGAAUGCCGGAAACAGCAAGUCCACAGACAAGAGCUCCAAAAACGUCGGUGGCAAGAUGGUCGCAGCUGCUUCACGUCUGACCCGGAGAUCCAAAUCCGAGGAUGAUGACCAGAAGAAGAAGUCGAGACCGUCUUCGUCAAAGGCCACCAACAAGAAGAAGAACACAAAAGAUCAUGGCAAACAUGAGCAUGCAUCAUCAUCACCAUCAUCUGAUGAUGAUGAUGAUGAUGAUGACAAGCCACUGGCGACCUUACUGAAGAAAUCCCCAGCAGCAAUUAAGAACCUGAAGGCGAAACUCGAGGCCGAGGCCAAGGCCAAGGGAGAUGGAGAAGGAAGCUCCGGGACCAAGCGUAAGCGUUAGAGCAGUUCCCUCCGGCCGUAAGUUAAGCUAACUCCGGUGAAAAAUGAAUAAUUAAAAAAAAAACUCUUUUUUUACCCCUUCCAUGUGCAGAUGCCAACCUUAGUUUUUUUUUUUUAUAUAUUAGCAAAGUUCUAGGAGCAUUGCUAAGCUUUUAGUUUAAAUUUACAGUUUUUGAAUUUCAAAAAAUAAAAAUAAAAAAAAUGAAGUUUCUAUAGGGAAAACAUUUAGGGUUUAGAGUGGGGGGUUUAGGUCAAAUUUGGCAUCUGCACAUUUGGAAUUUUAUCUUCAAAUUAUGGUCUCUAGGGUUGAGGUUGAACAGCUGAUCUUCAACUAUAUAUAUAUAUAUAUAUAUAUGUGUGAAUGUAGCUGUCUAUUUGUAGAAGAAAAACAAUGCUUACAUAUAUAUAUAUAUGUACAAGCAACAAACCUCAGUAUUUA